GCCCUAACUUCCAUUCACGGCUUGUUGUAACAACUUCAAGCACAUCCUUAACAAUGGCAAUCACAAACAUCUCUUGCUCAGAUAUAGAUAUUUAUAUCUGUAGGAUGAAUUAUUUUUUAUUCAGUCACCGCACGGAGAAGAACUCAACUGGACGUCUGGUUGACAUUAAAAGUAAGAUACAUUUUUAUUUUUGUUUCACUUAAAACGUUUGCUGAUAAAAAAUUUAAACUUUAAAAAAUAAAAUAAAUGUUUAAAAUAAAAUUGAAUUUAGUAGAACAAGUGACAAUUUAUCAAUAUAUUUUUAUUUGAAUAAUUUAAAGUUAAAAACCAUGUCCUCCCUUCAGUUCCUCCACAAGUUCCAGUGAUGACGCAACCACCAUCGCUUGUAGUAUCAGAAGGAUCAACUAUCACAUACAAAUGCCUGGCCAAUCUGGGACGGCCAAACAAAGGCCAAAUUGUGUGGAAUGCUUCUGUCAACGGCCAGAAAGUUGAGCUUCUUUUGGCACCAGUUCUGAAGGAAAAAAGUAGUAAAUUUAUUAAAUACUAUUGAUUUUAAGUUCUGUGUACACUCCUUUUCAUGCAUGUUUUAUCAUAAGCCAACUCGGUUGUUUGAAUAGUAGUUGAAAUUGGUUAAAAUGUCUUUUACUGUCUGUUCACAUAAAUUAAGUUUUAAGUUUUUUGUUAAGGCUCCAAAUGUUGAUCCCUUUGGCUAAUCUUUAACGUUUACUUUCAAAUUAUAUCAUAAUUAUGACUAUAGAAUAUAAUAAUGUUUACUUUUUUUUUAUGCCAAUGGUCGUAACAAUAGCAAUAUAAUUCUACAAACAUUAACUUUUGCUUUCAAACUAUAAUCAUUUUAAUCAUCUAGCCGAACAUACAUUACUAAUAUAUACAUUCAUUUACGCUUUCAGACAGUAAAAUAAUAUAUAUUUAUGAGAAAAAUUGCACAUACAUGUACUAAUCUAUUGAAAUGUAACGUACUCUCCAGAUAACAAUAGUUGUACAGUAACUGUUGAAAGCACAGUGACUUUCCAGGCCAACAGGACGAAACAGAACAUCACUCUGUCUUGUUUUUCUACCAACCAAGACUUUCAGGAAACAGCCCCUCUAUCGUGUGCAAGUCCUGGCACAGACCUGUGUGCUCAAUCUCAACCUUUGAACAUUCUGAGUAAGAUUGCUUGUUGAUUUGUGGAAAUGAACAAUUAUUCUGCUGCUUUUUAAAACUGAUGUUUAAGUGAACAAUUUAAGAUUCCUAGAAUAUUACCUUCCCAUGCUUUGCUCCAAAAUAAAAGUUUAACCACCCAUGUUUUGGACAAUGAAUUUUUUGAGUCAUAAUAUUGAAAGUUAAUUAUUUGAAUAAUCUCAAAUUUACCACUUAUUCUAGACUUUAAAAAAAAAAAUGAUUUUAUUUUAACUGAACGGAGAAAUGUAGCUUGAUUUAAAUAGAAACAAUCAAUCUACAGUGGCUAAAAAAAAAGCCAGUGUAAUUUAUCAAAUUCAAUCUGGUUCUUUAUGUACUUGGAAAAUCUAACUUUCCAUCUUGAUCUUCACAUUUUGAGCAUGUCUCACCAACAUUGAUGUUCUAUUUAAUGGUGAUUGACCAGUUCCCAAAUCUACAACCACUGCAACAACAUGGACGAUUUCGCCAACCUUUUCAAGUUCCCAGGCUACUGGCCCACACACAGGAAG